UCGCACAACGUAAUCGAUUCCAUCGUCACCAACCCGGUCCUCUCUCGCCAGGCCCCCGAGUGAGGAUUGUAGCGAUUAAACAACAACAACAAAAACAACAAAAACAACAACAUCCUCGUUAUCGUCGUCGCUCUUCACCACCGUUGUUGCCGUCGCCCCCGUCGCUCGGCGCCCCCGCGAUGAAGCCGUCCGUGGUGGUGGAUGAGAUGUUCCCGGAGGGCGCGGGGCCCUACGUGGACCUGGACGAGGCAGGAGGCAGCAGUGGGCUGCUCAUGGACCUGGCAGCCAAUGAGAAGGCGGUUCACAACGACUUCUACAAUGAUUUCGAUGAUCUCUUUGACGAUGACGACGUCCAGUGAGGAAGCUCCUACCACCCAGGAGCCGCCGGCCAAUCGGAACGCGACUUGCACAGCCAUGCCACGCCCACUCCCAGCUCGGCUCCACCCCCCAACCUCCCCUGCUGAUGAUGUCGUGACGCGUGAUGUCGGCUUGGAGCGUGGCGUUUCCGCUAAAUAAAGAUUUCCAUAAUAGAGGUUUUUUUUUGGGUUAGAGUGCGUAAAUACGUGUCGUUAAAACCCGCCAUCACCCAACACAGCCAAUUAGUAAGGGGUUGUCACUUAAACAGAACGUGCCAAUUCAGGCGUCGCCUGAUGAAGCUGGUUGUAAUUACUGGCGAAACCUCGUACUCAGAUUGUUAAUGUUGUGGCUUGGCUCUCAAACACACCGGUGUGCUGUACUAGUGACGAAUUGGCCACGUUCUGUUUACGCGACAACCCCUUACUAGUUGGCUGUGUCGGGUGGUGGUGGGUUUUAACGACACAUUUAUAUAUUUACGCGAUCUAACCCAAAAAAACCCUCUUAUGGAUGAUAUUGGUCGCGAAAGCCGACGUGUUAAAACUAAAUAUUUCCACGCGGUACAGAACUCAUGCGUGCGCAUGAUUUUUCUUGUAUCCGUACCUUACCCGCUUUUCCUCCCCCCAUGUCCCCUGGGUGAUCGAGAGUGGACUGCAGAUGUCACUUUUUUCCACACUCGGAACUUUGUUCUGUUCCUCUUUACGGGAGGGGGGGGGGUUCUGAACUCGAGGCCCAAGCAGUUCCUCUGUCAAUAUGAAUGUGUUCCGCUCCCCUUGUUCCCGACUAGUGGCUUGUUUGUUCGGAACAGGCAUCCCUGGUGUUAACACGCAUUUGUUCGUGAUUUCAUCACCGUUGUGGUUUCCGUUGUGAUGAUGCGUCAAGUUUCAUUGAUAACCGUGGCAAACUGUACAAAUACAAUUCGGAUUUGUU